UUCUGUCAAACAUGUCAUUUCACAUAAAUUUUUGUAUUUUAAAUUCUAUGUCUAGAUAAACUAAAUGGGUUGUGGGCUAAUUUUAAAAGGGGUAUGUGAUUUGAAAACUUGUGUGCAUACGUACAAUUCUAAAAUUGAGGGUGAAAAAAAACCUCCGCAUUAAUAAAGAAAUGGCAACUCCUCUGAGUCCACGAAAUUCUGAAGUAAAUGCUCUUGAACAAAGGGGUUAUCUAAUUGGGAAGAAGAUUGGUCAAGGUUCGUAUGCUACCGUACAUCUAGCUGAUUAUGUUGACAGUACCGGACCGAAGAAAAUGCGUCUGGCGUGUAAAAUAUUUGACAAGGAGAAAGCACCGAAGGACUUUUUAGAUAAGUUCUUUCCUCGUGAGCUUGAGAUACUUACUAAAAUCGAAAACCAACAUAUUAUUCAAGUACAUAGCAUAUUACAGAGAGGACCGAGAGUGUUUAUUUUCAUGCGGUAUGCUGAUAAUGGUGAUCUGUUAGACUUCAUCAAGAAAAACGGCGUGGUACCUGAGCAACAAGCUAAAAUUUGGUUUAGACAAAUGGCCAGCGGUCUUCAUUACCUUCACGGAAAAAAUAUCGCACACAGAGACUUGAAAUGCGAAAAUAUACUUUUAUCUAGAAGGUUUAAUGUGAAAUUAGCUGAUUUUGGUUUUGCGAGAUACUGUGUAGAUUCCGAUAAUAGACGAAUACUUAGUCAGACUUAUUGCGGUUCGGCAGCUUAUGCAGCACCCGAAGUAGUCAAUGGAACGCCCUACAAUCCAAAAUUAUCCGAUGUCUGGUCAUUGGGAAUCAUAUUAUUUAUUAUGCUCAAUGCGUCCAUGCCUUUCGACGAUUCAAAUUUGAGGAAAUUAUUGAAGGAUCAAAUGACCAAAAAUUGGGUUUUUCGAUCAAGAGUGAGAGACACGUUAUCGAAAAUAGCCAAAUCUUUAGUUCGUCAUCUUCUAGAACCGGAUUUGACACAAAGGUUAACUUUGGAGAGAGUGAUACAGCAUGAAUGGUUACGAAUGCGCAGAGAAAGGCCUUCACUUAUCGGUCGAUUAGCUCAAUCUGCCCAACAUGAUUCGAUCGAAAACCAAUCGGCACACGUUAGUGAUUAUGAAAAAGAAACACUUGCCGGAGACUUCCAAAAUCCCGAAAACAAAAAAAGUGAGAUGAUGAUUGCUGUAAACGAUGUAUAAUCCAUCUAUUAUCAAACAUUCAUGUGUUUGGCAUAUAGUUUUUGAUAAUUUAAAAACAGCUAUUCCCUAAUAUGGAAUUUUUAUUGGUAAUUAGUAUUUAAAAUAAAUUUUUGGAUGUGA